AGAGGGAGGGAAGGAAAGAAGAGAGAGAGAGAGAGAGUCCAGCCCCCUCCGCUAAAACCAUUCAACUGGUGAGCGAAGGAGCAUUCACCGCCGAGAGAGAGAAAGAGAGGGAAGAAGGAGAGACACAGAGAGACAGGGACACACAGAGGAACUCCCUUCGUCUGGGACAACUUAGUGGACACAGAGCGAGCAGAUACUUCUGCCCAGAUCUCCAGAGUUCUCCUUCAUAUUCAUCACGUCCUCUUCUUCUCUGGCUCGUAACGCCUCCACAUUCGGCCAUCUGCCACAGAGACAAAGGGACCAGCAAGACCAGUGUGACCAGAGAGACCAGGAGAGACCAACAAGCAAACUCUUUCACAGGUGGACUCUGAGCUCCCAAAACUACUGUGGGAGACAAAGAGUGGAGCAGAACACUUUUUAAAGCCAAACUCAACCCGCUGUGAGCAUCCUCCGACAUCCAGCCGGCCAAUCAGGAGGCCCCGUGUCAUCAUGUUCGUCUGGGCUCUGCUGGGCUGGACCCUCCUGGUCCUGGUCCAGAGCUCCGGCUCCAGCUCGGACCCGCCGUCCCUCCCUGAACGCCCGGACGCCGCCACCGGCUCCCAGUGCCCCUCCUGCGCCCUGGCCCGGGUGAGGAGGAGCGGGGGGGGCGAGGCGGCGGGCCCCGAGGAGGAGGAGCAUGAGGAGCCUCAGCUGGAGGUGGUGGAAGCGGUGAAGAGGCACAUUCUUAACAUGCUGCACCUCCAGACCCGGCCCAACAUCACCAGGCCCGUGCCGCGCGCCGCGCUCCUCAACGCGCUGCGCAAGCUCCACGUGGGCCGCGUGGACGAGGACGGCAGCGUGCAGAUCGAGGGGGAGGAGGAGGCGCGAGGGAGGGGGGGCAGGGGAGCAGGAGGAGGGGGAGGGGGGGGAGCGGCAACCAUGGCGUCAAGAACGGGAGACGGAGAAGACGCGCAGGAGACAACGGAGAUCAUCACCUUCGCCGAGGCUGGUGAGUCUCCCGGCCUGGUGAGCUUCACGCUCUCUAAAGACGGAGGCGACCUCUCUCUGGUGGAGCAGGCUAACGUCUGGCUCUUCCUCCGCCUCGCCAAGACCAACCGCAGCCGAGCCAAGGUCGCCAUCCGCCUCUUCCAGCAACGCCACCCCCCCGCCGGGCUCCCGGCCUCGCAGCAGGACGACGUCCUCCUGGCAGAGAAGUCGGUGGACACGCGACGCAGCGGCUGGCACACCUUUCCUGUUUCGGCGGCGGUGCAGGCGCUGCUGCAGGGCGCCGCCGGCACCACGCUGAGCCUCCGGGUUGCCUGCCCCCUCUGUGCCGAGGCCGGCGCCACGCCGGUGCUGGUGUCCGGCGGGCCCGAGGCCGCGCAGCGCGCCAACCAGCGGGAGCAGACCCACCGGCCCUUCCUCAUGGCCGUGGUGCGGCAAGAGGACGCCAGCGGCUCGCCGCGGCGCAGGAAGCGAGGCCUGGAGUGCGAUGGGAAGGUGCGCGUCUGCUGCAAACGGCAGUUCUACGUCAACUUCAAGGACAUCGGCUGGAGCGACUGGAUCAUCGCGCCACCCGGCUACCACGCCAACUACUGCGAGGGCGAGUGCCCCUCCCACGUGGCGAGCAUCACCGGCUCCUCGCUGUCCUUCCACUCCACCGUCAUCAGCCACUACCGCAUGCGGGGCUACAGCCCCUUCCAGAACCUGAGGUCGUGCUGCGUGCCCACCCGGCUGCGGGCCAUGUCCAUGCUCUACUACAACGAGGAGCAGAAGAUCAUCAAGAAGGACAUCCAGAACAUGGUGGUGGAGGAGUGCGGCUGCUCGUAGGCGGGGCCGAGGGGAUGGAGGACCGGAGACAGCUCCGCCCUCCGCCGCUUCGCCCUUUAGGGAAUUGAACUCCAAGUCUCCUCGGCACUUUCAGAAAAAAAAAAACAAGAGAAAAAAGAAUAUCUAAUAUAUUUUUGUUACAGAGGGGGGAGCGAUGUGUAUUUAUGAUUUAUGAGACGAAGCGCCUGAAGAACUACUAACAAUCUCAAACUAUGCAACUUGUUUCAUUUAUCACAAACUUAUCGUAUUUUACUUUCUCUCCUUUUGUUUAUUUCCUGACUGUUUACUUUUGUUUUUUCAAUUGUACGAGGAAGAAGUUUGACUUUGUGUGUGUGUGUGCGUAUGUGUGUGUGUGUGUGUGUAUAUUGACAGAGAUACUUGAAAAAAACAAGUUGGCCCGGCUGCUGGAACCAAACACUUCUUCAUGUUACCAUGGUUACCAUGGAUGGUAUUGUUAUCGUAAUUAUCAUUAUUGACAGUAAGUAUAUAAAUAAUAUUAUUGUUGUUGUUGUUGUUAAUAUUUUGUUUGGCUGCAGUUGUUUUAUGUUGAAUUAUUAUUGUGUUAUUAUUAUUGAAACGUUACAAACGUCUUUAUUUUUUUUGCACUAUAGCGACACUAGCCAGGUCACAGCGAUUUUGCGUUCAUGCUAAGCUAGUUGAUAACAGUGAAUGAAUGUGGCACUAACUUGCUACAAGCACGUUUGUUGAAGUGGAGGACAAGAUAAGAAUUGAUUUGGUUCAUAAUUUAAACUCUAAAUCGACUUUUUGUGGAUUAAUUUAUUGAGUUUAGAGUAAAUAUUCUGAAUUCUAGCCAUUUGCUGACCAUGUAAAAUAGAACAAACCCCUUUUAAGUAUUUCUUCAUAUUCAAUGGAUGCUUAUAGUUCAUUAAUUGGCCACCAUGCCCUAAACCGGAUGUGAAAGCUAACAUUGCCCCGAACCGCUCAUUAGCGGAGUGGCAAUAUUGUUGCUUUCUUAAGUAACGUUAAUUCAUUCCGCAAUGAGCAAUCUACACCUUGAAUUUCAUAAAUAUAUAUAAACGUUGUGUGUCUAAUUACUACAGGAAAGUUAAUUUGAUGAGUGAAAGUAGUAAGAACAAUCGGGCGAUGAUGAAAGAGCUUUUAUUGCACUAUUUGGAGGUAUUGAAGCGAGACAUCUUAUUGUGAAGGACAGAAUCGAGGUCUUGGAUAUGUUGACAGCACUGAUGGUAUUUUUGGCAAAGCCAUAAUGAGUUAAACCUCUGACGAAAAAAGCACGUUUACAAUGAUGGUGGACGCCAAACCGGUUUAGGGCCAUGUUAGCGCACGGCUAAUUCACUGGUGUUAGCGUCAUUUUACCGACUAACGCUAAAAACAACUAAUUUAAGACCCAGUGCCAUUAACUGAGCAUGAUUAGCAGACCCCAGAAGCACGUACCUUCAUCAACAUGCUUUAUUUCUUCAUAAAUCACAGCUCUAUAUCCGGUUCAUCCAUUUGUAUUUGUUACUUAGGUUGUUCCUUAAAAUCAUUAAUUAACAGAAAUUCCUCAAAAUGAAUAAUGGUUUUCCGUGAUUUACUCUUGGAAUACUGACCUAAUGACAUUCCCUUGAACUGCCCUAUUCUAAAAACCAUUGCAGCUUAAUAGAAAUAUUACAGGUCGUCUCUGCUGAGGCAAAAAGUAGAACCCAAAGCUUUUUGUAGAGAGCAUAAAAGAUGGAAGAAGACUUUCUGAGGCUGUUUAUAGCUGUUAGUUUGCUUUAGAACACCAAAGAGUCCCGUUUGUUCGCUGUGUUUUAUUCAUUGUCCAUUUUGUUGGAAAAUCCAGUUUAGUUCCUCUGAAGUCUGUAAGAAGAGUUUUUAAAGACGAACCUUCAGAUUAUGAAGUUCUAUUUAUGCUUUUUAUUUUUCGGAUUAUUUUUUUUGUAUCCCGGCCCUUCCUCUUCCAUUCCACUUCAGAAACUCUAUUUUCCACAAUGCUUUACUCUCUCCCUCUGAUCUCAUCAUUAACUGAGAAAGACCAUUCAAUUAAUUUUAUUUUGUAAAGCCCAAAAUCGCAAAUUACAAAUUUGGGGUUUUUACAGUCUGAACAACAUCCUCUGUCUCGUAACCCUCACUUCGGAACAGGAACAACUCCCCAAAAAAUGAAAAACCCUUCAAUGGGGAAAAAAUGGAAGAAACCUUAGUGAGAAGGUCAGAGGAGGAUCCCUCUCCCGGGAUGGACAGACUGCCAUGGAUGUCAUGUGUACAGAAUCAACAAUGUAAAAGAUCUACAAUACAUUCAACUCCUCCAACAGAGAUGAUACAAGUAAUUGCAAGUAGCAGAACCACCAUCAGAUAGAACCACCAUCAGAUAGAACCACCAUCAGAUAGAACCACCAUCCACAGAGGCUUCUGUGGGGAGGGAAAGCACAAAGAUGUUGGUUCAUGAUGACAUAUGAAUCAUAUUUAAAAUAAUGAUGAUGGCAGCAGCAGGUGUCAGCAGGACCAGGGUCCAGAUGGAACUAUGAUCUACAGAGACCUGCUAGGCGAGAAAACACAACAAACUCCCGGAAAGAAGCUGAAUUACUGAGAACGUGGAUUAUUGUAGAAGAAGUGAGAGAGAAAACAAUCUAGUCGCCGCGUUCGGUUUGUGGGAGGAGCCAACGUGGUCCAAUCAAAUCUGGUCCCUUCUUUGUCCUGUUUGUAUCGUCUUUGUCAACUUGUUCCCCAGAAGCUUGUCCCUAUUUUUGAUGAUGUCACUUGUGUAUUUAUUUCUUCUUUCUCUUGUUAUUGUUUGAGAAGAGAGUGGAGCCUCUUCUGGACUUUUUGUGAUGAACUCAAAGUUCUUCCCGUUUGAGCUUUGAGCAAAAAAACUUCAGUGAAGAAAAAAAAAUGACACUGAACAAAGUGGACGAAGAAUAAAAAUAUAUUUUUUAUUCUGUAUAUAUGGAAAUCCAGAUUCCAGUGUAUUUGCUUUGUUGUUCAAAUCAAAUGUGGUUGUGUGGAUUUUUGUAAUGUAAUUUAUUUCACAGUAUUGUUCUGUUUUCUGCUUCACGAUUAAAGUUAAAAGGAUGUACACAAAGUGAA